AGGGUGUGUCUGACGGGGGAGGGGUGCUACUAGGGUUGUGAGCGCGGUGUGUGGCGUGGAAAAGUUUAAUCUCGCGGAGCGACAUACGGCCGUUUGUCAUGGAGCCUGUACCAUCGACGGACCCUGCCUCGUCCCUUUUAUCGGGGGACAUGGUAUCACCGGCGGACAUGGUUGACGUGUAUAAACAACAGAUAGGCGAGGCAAUCGAGGCCGUCCUGCAAGCCGAGGGUAAACUGCCGCUGAUGAUACUGCGGGAGGUUGACGACACCAUCCUGGAAUGGCGCGACGUGCUGCAACAGAUCGCUUCCUCAGUGCCGGGUACUCUUCAGGAGGAGCCGGUGACAAGUGCUUUGCAAGGGUGUUUUCUGCACUUGGAAGACCUUCAACAAAUCACGGCACAACAGCUGGCUGCGAUCGCCAUUGCAAAUUUGGCAGUGGAUGGGUGCUGCUCUGCUGCACUGGGAGUUUGGGAGGAGACUGAUGGGGGGCCGGCUCCCCCACUCCCAACGUCUGCGGACGAGAUCUUUGUGGAGGGGCAAGAUCUCUCGGCAGCACUGGGUCCGGAGGGGGAUAACUGCUUGGAUCAACCUUAUAUCAUCGACACUGACAACGAUGCUGCUGUUGCUCCCGCCAACAACGACAACAACAAUAACACCGUCACUGGCAACAACAACAACAACAACAACAUCAACAACAACGGUAAUAGGAUGGCUGCAAACGAGGAUGAUGGUGGCCGCCAGAGUAAUGGGAGGUGGUCGCCGCCCGCCCACGAUGAUAGGGAUGGCGUUGAAGAGGGUGCACAUCGUUCACCAUCUGCCCACACUGAUAGGCCUGGCGAUGGAAAGGGUGCACACCGGUCGCCACCCCCAGGUGGCAGCAUUGCCAUGGACAUUGACCGCGAUGCACGGGAUGAUGGAGGUGGGGAGGAAACGACGACCGUGAUGGCAACAGUGCUCCACGAUCGGGUCAUGGUGUUGUCGUGAAGCGCCGAAGACGGGGACUGAAGGAGAUGGACACCAUCGCCUCUCACGUGUGUAGACGUCAAGCUAGGGGUUUCGCCAUCACACAACCCUGUGUCCUCGGCAAUGAGAAGGUCGUCGUGUUUGAGGACUCCAUGAGCGACAACGCAAAUGAGGAGCUCAUCGAUACUGAUGCCGCUGUUGCUCGCCCGCAAGGUGAACCGACAAUUCUCCGGACGACAGUGGCAUCCACGAUUGAGGGGGCGUAGACUUUGGAGGACACCGGUCCGCGGGUGUAUACUCAGACAUCAGCGGAUGCAUUUGAGGAGGCGGGAAACGGGAGGCCGGAUACUGAUCUUGGGGAUGAGGUAACCCCGCUGUUAUGGACGAUCGAGGGUCUAUGCCCCCUCCCAACAGUGUUCGCAGGGAGGUUGACGGGAUAAUAAAUAGUCCUUUCAGAG